GGAGUGUGGCCGGGGCUACGAUUCUGCUUAGCUGACGAGCAAAGAUGCCUUCAGGCACGGUCGCUUUGUGACCCGAAUGUUGCCGAGUCUGGAGGUGGACGGCACUGUGGCGACCUUCUUUCUCUACAAGAACGACAGCGACAAGGUGGCGGGGGCGUCGUGGCAGGAGAUCGAUUACGAGGUGCAUGGGAUGGGCCCCCACGGCGAGGCGCCCAUCCAGACAAACAUCAUCACCGGCAACUAUACUGACCGAGACAUCAACGAGAUCUUCCUUCUUCGCUGCCGCGGGCCAUCCCUUCGAUACCGAAGCGCAGACGGCCGCCGUCAAGCAAGGCUUCCAUGA